AUGAGCUUUUCCUUCGGCCAGUCGACGCCGGCAGCAAGUUCGGCGGGCGGUGGACUUUUCGGCUCGACGGCGCCGGCCUCUACAUCUACGCCGCUUUUCGGGGCCACCGCUGCUGCUCCUUCAACGGCACCACUUUUUGGUUCGGCGACCCCAGCGGCUAGCACUGCACCUGCUGCCGGUCUGUUUGGCGCCCCUCAAAGUGCAGCUCCAGCGCUUGGCACUGGCAGUCUCUUUGGUUCGACCCCGUCUGCAACGACCGCAUCAAUGCCGCUUUUCGGCGCCGCCACGGCUCCGGCCACCACAUCUACACCACUAUUUGGGGCUACGGCGUCCCCGAAACCAGCUACCGGUGGGCUUUUUGGCGCAGCGGCUCCGGCAACAGGAAGCCUUUUUGGGAGUCCCAGCACAACAGCCGCGAUGGGCGGCCUUUUUGGCGCGACUACGACCACGCCUGCUACCACUUUCGCAGCGCCCGCUCCUGCUCCGUCAAGCGUCGGCCUUGGAGGCAACAACUCGCACAUUCAACAGACUCUGGCCGCCGCUACUAUUCCACAGGCGGACCCCGAGAAGGAAAAGGCCGGUGUCAAGGAGGGUGACGUGCCGCCAGUUCUGCUCAACACCUACAAUGAAGUGCGAAAGAAGCUCGACCAGCAGCAGGCCCUCAUCAGAAAGUUCGAGAUCCGGGGCGACGACGGGACGGCUGAGGUUGAUGCAAAGAUCAGACAGCUGACGACCCGGCUGGACGACUUGAAGCAGCGGAUGAACGGAUCGCAGCGCGCCGCCGAGGCAACGAUGGAGGAAAUUGGCCGCGACGAGCAGAUGAUUCGCGUGCUCUGCCACGCGAACCGCGCCGUCACCCCCAUCUCGACCAAGCACACCCAGCACGUCCUCAUCUCGUUCAUGGAGCAUUUGGUGGCCGAGAGUCGGAAUCGUGUCGAUGCCCUUGAGAAGUCGCUGACCACGAUGAUCGAGCAGGUCAACGCGGCGCGAAAUGGGCACCACGGGAUGGACGUUGAGGCGCUGAAGGCCCACUUGGAGAGAUUCGAUCAUGCGUUCACCGGCACCGCAAAUCGCCUCUUCGAGUACAACCAACGGAUCGAGAUGCUGAAGGACGACUUCCUGCGCAGCGACCCCCGACUCGCACUUUCUGGCCGGAACCCGUUCACCAAGAUUCGCAACACUGAGCCCGAACCACCGAUCAGCUCAUUUGAAGAAAUCCGAGGCCCCGAAGUGAUGCCGAACAACGCCACGCUCCUCCGCGUCAGCCAGCUGAUCCACCAGGCUGGCCAGCAACAGCCCGCGGCUACGGCUGUAAAACCGACCACCGGCACCACGGGUUUCUUCGGUAGUCUCAACACACAGGCGGCCCCUUCAUUGUUCGGGUCGACUACAACGGCCGCCAAGCCGUUAUUCGGUUCAACUGGCGCUGCUCCAUCCUCUGGCUCACUCUUUGGAUCCCCGUCCGCUGGAGCCUCUACCUCCCUCUUCGGCGCUACUGCCACGUCUACAGCCGCUCCUACAACUUCGAGCAGCGCUUCUUUCUUCCCCUCGUUUUCCACGCCAACUACAUCCACUGCCACCGCGGCGAACAACGCCUUUGGAAAGCACAUCACGACACAGAGCUCGGGUCUUCUGUUCAGCAGCAAGCCGUUCGGGAAA